GUACGUAGUUUCUUUUUUGAGAACGUGGACGUGGGGCGCUAGUGUCCGGGGGAGAUCGCCGGUCCCACCCAAAAAGCCGGCGUGGCCGCUCCUCACGCUUCUCUCUACCUGGACAAACGUCCGACUCUAUUCCAAAGCGGUGUUCGAGGAUUGCGAGAUGGAUAUGGGAAGCUUGAAAGGAAUAGUGGAGUAGCCAAUCAAAUAACCAGUUUCCACUCUUAAAAGCAGCUCGAAUAGUGAACAGAACACGCCUGGAAUUUUAACCUAGUGAUUCGACGAAGAGGUUAAAAUUAGACGUUUAUAUCGGAUUUAUUCGUCUUUUCUCCAAAAAACAAAAAAACAAAAAAACUUCCAUGAAAAUAUAAAACUGAAACGUGAAACUAAAGCACUACGAGAUGAAUCCUGUGCUACGCAUGAUCCGUGCUUGCGUCCGCUCCGUGAGACACGCCAAAUACAGUACCCUACCCACGGAAGCGGUGAUAUUCACGGAGGACGAUCGCAUGGUCGUCUGCUGGCAUCCGGAGCAGCCGUUCCCGUACGAGUGCUCCCAACCGCUGCCCGAGGAGAAGCCCGAGAACACGUCUGUGCUGUGCAUCGGCGACAGAGACGUCGCGGACGUUUUCAGGAAGAAGAAGCCGUACCAGGUCGUCGAGGAGCUGGCGAAAGUCACAUACACCACCAAGCACAGGUGGUACCCCAGGAGCAGAGACAAGAGGGCGAAGGACACGAAACCCGACAGGUCGUACUUGUAAUAUUCGAAGAGGGAUGGAUCCAAAGGGCUCUCUCUCGGCGAAAAAGUACUAUAUUUAAUUCAUCUUACACAUGCAGUUGUAUUCUACGAAACGUGUAUUAAUAAAUGUACAAAGACAAUUGUUAA